AUGGAGGCCUACCCGCCUCAAUAUGUUCAGCACAACCUUCCACUUGUCCUCCUGUCGGGAUUGGGGGAGCACGAGACAACACAUCAGUCGUCGUCGAUACAGCCGCGACGAGCGGAAAGCGGAGCCAAGAUCGCGAUAGGAGCACGCGAGUGCCGCAACGAGCAGUCGAGGCAACUUCUGGGCGAGUUUGUCUCUCGCGAUGGCACGGGAGAUGCGUGGAACGGCGUGGCGCUGCCCGCCCCCCCGGCGAGUAUGCGAUUUCGAAUCAAGACGAUUGGGAGGGUGAGUCUUACGAUGGAAAACUCGAUCCGAAUAUCAAUGGCUCUGCUCUGGUCUGGUCUGGGCUGAUGGCGUACGGUCGAUAGACAUAUACAUUACCGGCACGGAAAGCAGCGCCUCUCCCCCAGUCCCCCGGCGCCGAGGGCAGCUCUCCAUCUCGCCAUACCGAACUGCACUCGCCCCUCUCGCCGUCCUCUCCCGGCUCGCCGGUCUUUCCCGACGGUAUCUUCACGCCGCUCUGGUUCUCCAAACACCAGCAGCAUAUUCCUUCUCUCUUCCUGGCCUUCUUCGAUCUGAACGCCAAUGAAGCGGCGCAGGACGAGCAGCUCAAGGCCGACAUCAAUGGCGUCAAGAACGCUCUCUCUCGUUCCGGCUUCAAGACCCGCCUCGCAGUCAUCCUCAUCAGCGACAGGAGCAUCCUCCAUGCACCAGAGCUGGAAGACCGCUUGGCGAGCAUCCGAAGAGCAACUACGCUGGACCCCAAAUCCGGCCUGUUCUUUAUGCCACCCAUGUCCUCUCAACCGGAGAUUGCCACUUUCGUGCAGAGUAUCAUGACCGCGCUCCAGCCUGGCGGUGUCGACUAUUACAGAGAUCUCUCCAAGCAUGCGCGGCGGAAGAAGGCGAGGGGUGGCCCUCCUCCAUCGGUCAACUCGCCCAUCGGCGCUUCCUCCCAAGUCACCUCCACAUCGGGAUGGAACGUGAGGUAUGAAGUCAAACAAGGCGUCUUCGCAGAGUUCCGCCAGGAAAUGGAUGUUGCGGAGCGUCAUUACUCUACUGCGAUCGAAGAGCUGUUCAGCUCGGAAGGUGGUGUGUUUGAAACGACAGCCAGCUGGUCCCCCAGAUGGGAUGAGGCAAGGCUUCUGUGUGACGCGCUUGCCAUUCGCGUUAUACGAUGUCAACUGUGGGUUGGACAGACGACUGGAGCUGCGCAGUCCUGGCAGAACUACAAGCUGCGAAUGCGAGAUCUUGUGGAUCGGCGUGGCAGAGGCUCCCAUCAGUAUAGCUGGGAUGCUUGGGAGGCACGAUGGGCCGGCGUCAUGUCAGAACUCAUUCAGAUGGCCGAUGUGCCAACAUUGCAGGGGUCAUCGAGAUUGGAUUCUGGAGAGCUUUCUGCUCAACAAAUCUAUGCCAUGCCAGAAAGGAGUGUUGAUCGUCUUCCUCCGUUCAACUUGCUGCAUCAUUCCGGGUACUGGCUGAGAUUGAUGGCAAAGAGCAUUCGAGACCGCUGGGAGAAAGCAAUCAAUAUCCCCGAGGAAGAUCGUGUCCCGCCUGGCCAGUCCCCUGCUUCGGCUGUCGCGAACCGCUUCAAGACGUAUGAUGUGUAUCUGGUCCCCGAGCCCCAUGAAGAAGCGCCAGUAUCAGGUCGUGGGAAAUACGAUCACGCAGCGGAACUCGCGCAGGUGGGCCUCCAAGCGGCCGAAACGUUUGAAGCAAGAAGACAGCCCCGAAUGGCGGAGCAGAUGCGCCUGGACAUUGCGGAAGAUCUGGUCCGGGGCGGUCGAUAUUCUGAUGCUUUCAAAGUCCUCCUACAGCUGUGGGAGGAUUCCUCAUGGCGAGGAGAGGAAUGGAAAGUUCCCUUCGGCAGACUGUCGAGCUUGCUCGCCGAAUGCGCGAAUCGAGACAAGUCUGCCGAGAACGCUUCGCUCAUUCCAGCCCUGACGUGGGAGCUCUUGAGUUUGGCGCCAAAUAAUCCGCAAGAUGGCCCACUUGACAUCACCCAAUGCUUGGACACUUGGGAUGUUGCGGACAAGAUUGAGCUCAGAUUGCAUGAUAGACAUCGGCUUAGUCCCAUCACGGCCGGCUUUGCUUUCAGAGAGCGCGAGAGCCAUGUUGGAGAAUCGUUCGAAUUCCAGCUACAUCUUACUUACGACACGUUUCAAGCGGCCGGCCCCGUCCCCAUCUCGAGAGCGUCGUUUCGGCUUGGUGGAAAGGCAAUAGUCGUCCACCAUGAGGCUGGAGAUUCAAGUGCUGAGCUCUCUGCCCUCUCUCAGGCUCGUGAGCGCGACGAUGGCAGUUUCGAAGCAUCAGCCAACCUCACGCUACAGCCGGCCCGGAGACGAAUAGUCGGAUUGCGUAUGGUGCUACGGGAGGCACAACUGUUUGAUCUUGCAAACCUCACGAUCGAAAUCCAGACGCCCAAGUUCAAUCUGACGCACGAAUUUGACGACGAUGCAGUACGAUCAAUCCCGCGCUGGUACGUGGAGAAGGACGGCGAAGCGGAAAGCUUCCUACUUCCUCACUUCAACACCAAAUCUGUCAAUGUACUCCCAAAGCCACCGAAGAUGCAGGUACACGUGCACGGCUUGCGAAAACAGUUCUAUACUGACGAGCGCAUUCAUGUGGAUAUCGAGCUCAUCAAUGAAGAAGUCGAAGCAGUGCAUGCUACUGUUGCGCCUAAGAUCAUUGGCUCUUCUGGCGAGACCAUAGACUUCAGAUGGGCCUCGAGGGGGGAUACAGAAACAGUCUGGCCAAUUGAGUGUAUGGGAGCCUCAGCAAGGGAGAAGGGACAGCUUCUGAUUCAGGCGCCGUCGGAAGCAUCCACGUUCACCCUCACACUGGAUUUGAGAUAUACGUUGGCUUCGGAUACGAGUACACCACUGGCGAAGACUGUCGCGAUUCCACUGGCUUUCACGCCGUCAUUCGAGGCGAAGUUUACAUUUGCGCCGCGGCUACAUCCAGAGUCCUGGCCCAGCUAUUUCGACCCUUCGAGCGAGGGCACCGCCGAGGAUUCCGAUGGAAUAGCACAGCUUUGGAAGUUAGGCGCUCAGAUCACGUGUCUGGCCUCGGAGUCUCUCAAGGUUGAGAAAUUAGAAUUGCAGGAGCACGAGGUACAUGGCGAUGCAUCUUGCACCAUUCCGGAACCGAUCAAUGAAAGCGAACAUGCACUGGGCACCAACGAAAAAAGCGUGACGCCUUUCGAACUUAGCACACGAAAGUUUUCACUCGACGACCGGCGGCCGAGCUAUCUGGACCUCUCUCUGCUCGUGACUUGGUCUCAUGACACCGGCUCCGGUGACUCGACGUCCACGACAACGGCCAUCGCAGUCCCGCGACUGACCAUCCCCACUUCCGAGCCUAGGGUACUCUGUACAUCCUCCAACCCCACCACAAACGGCAUCACGAUCUCGUACCAUCUCGAAAAUCCUUCCGUACACUUCCUCACAUUCGCCCUAACGAUGGAGGCUUCCGAGGAUUUCGCCUUCAGUGGUCCGAAAUACAGGAGUCUGUCGCUUGCGCCUCUGAGUCGACAUGCUGUUGAGUAUAGACUGUUGGUUCAUGGCGAUACUUCUGAAGGUGUUGGUGGUGGUGUCUGGGUCUAUCCGAAUCUGCAGGUUGUGGAUAGUUAUUAUCAGAAGAAUUUGAGGGUCCAUGCUGGUGGGAAGGGUGUUCGGAGUGAAUCUGUGGGCAGUGGAAGGGAGAUUGGAGUUUGGAUUGGGGAGGGAGAGCCGGAUGAAUGA